AUGAAGAUCUGUCGUUGCUUCCCUUGUACAGGAAGAAAAGCAUCGCCUAGUCAUUGCUUGUUCACAAUCAAUUCCUUCUCUUUGCUUUCAAAGGCUUCAGGAGAAAAAUACACCUCGGAAGUAUUUGAAGCAGGGGGAUAUCAAUGGACCCUAUCAAUAUACCCAACUGGGAAUGAGAAAAGAGAUGGGCGUGAUCAUAUCUCAAUUUAUCUGAACUUGAUAGUUCGAGACUCAAGUUUGUUUCCUGUCAGUUGGGAGGUCAAUGCCAUUGUGAAUUUGUUUGUCUAUGAUUCUCUUCGCGAUGAGUAUUUUUCUACUCAAGAUGGGAGCAUAAGGCGGUUCCAUGAACUUCAAAGAGAAUGGGGCAUCGCAAAAUUCAUAGACCUUGCCUCAUUUAAAGACCCUUCAAAUGGAUAUCUAAGGGAUGAUUGCUGCACGUUUGGAGCUGAAAUUUUUAUUGUCAAGGCCACCUAUAAAGGAUAUUGCCUAUCAAUGAUACCGGCACCUCCUCCUCUUUCUUAUAGGUGGGAAUUUAGUAACUUUUCAAAAGCUUAUCUUGAAAAGUACGAGUCUGAACCUUUCCUCGCUGGGGACUACAAAUGGUGGAAAUUUGAUAACUUUUCAAAAGCUAAUCUUGAGAAGUAUGAAUCUGAAACUUUCCUCGCAGGGGACUACAAAUGGAAGCUCAUUUUCUACCCUAACGGGAACGUAGAGGGCCUGGGGAAUAGCAUCUCCCUAUUUCUGUCUGUAGACGUCUCGUCCAUUCCACCAAACACAAAACUAUAUGUCCAUUGCAUCUUGCGAACCAAGGACCAAAUCAGUGAUCAACAUGUUGAAAGUGAAUGGCCUGCACUCUUUCAUGAGGGUGUGACUCUGGUUACUGAUAAGGGAGGUUUAGAUGGUUUUGAAUUUGAACCGAUUUAA